AUGGAAGGUUCGAGAUGUGGGAGCAACCGGCUAACGCCAUGCGGACUAGCGGCUACCGCCGCCUUCGACUCAUUGCCUCUCACCCUGCCGCCGUCUCUGGGUUCGCUCUGCCUAGGAUACAUAAACGGGACGCUGAUCCAUUAUCAUUCGACUUCUCUUCUUAUUCACUCACCCGAGAUACAAACGUGCCGCCUGUCUAUCAAACCUCCCCGAAAAGGACACCCUCGCAACUUAUUCAAGGACGAAUCCCUCGGCUGCCUGACGUCGACACCCCCACUACACACCCACCCACCUUACCUCUAUUCCAACCUCAACCUUCAAAUCUUUUUAAAACCCAUCACUCAACACCAAACAACGAUCAAAAUGAGUGACGACUGGAACUCUGUGACCAAGAUUGGCUCCCGCACCCGUGGCGGCCCUGCUGGUCCCCGUGAGACGGUUGUCAAGGGCAAAUCCGCACUCAAUGCUGCCCAGCGGAGCGGCGGUAUCGUUGCCACUGAGAAGAAGUACGGCACUACUAAUGCUGGCGGUUCCACCGAAGGCCAACGCCUCACCAAAGUAGACCGCUCCGACGACAUCAUCAAGCCCAAGACCGUCGGCACUGUCGUUGGCCAAGCCAUAUCGAAAGCCCGUUCCGAGGCAAAGAACGACAAAGGCACCACCAUGACCCAGAAAGAUCUCGCCACCAAGUGCAACUCAACACCCAACAUCAUCGCCGACUUCGAGCGUGGUACUGCGGCUCCUGACCAGAAGCUUCUGGGCAACAUGGAGAGGGUACUGAAUGUUAUCUUGAGGGGUGACAAGAUUGGUCAACCCAAGUUUGGCAAGAAGAAAUAA